AUGGGCUAUACCCACUGCUACGACGUCAAAGACUGGAACAGCCCACAAUGGCGCAAAGUGUGGCCCCGGUUUAUCGAAGAUGCGCUGUUAAUCAUGGAAGCGUCUGAUGUUCUCCUUGUUGGACCUUUGCCCCAUCGAGCCUCUGAGGCUAUUUCGGCACCUGUCGCUACUGUCAAAAGGGGCAUCAUCUUCAAUGGGUUAGGCGACGCAGGCCAUGAGCCAUUUUACUUCUGUGAGGAUGCGGACAAUUCGGUGGCGACGGACCGGAAACCAUACGACUUGACGAUUUCUUGCAUCUUACUUCGAGCCUUCUCCCUUUGCCCUAAAAAUAUCAAGAUCCAGUAA